GACAAGGGAGCUUCGUUCCCCCUGGCUUACAGCUGUCCUAAGUGCCUGCAGGUCUUCAAGAAUGCUUUCUGUCUCAAGGGUCAUGGCCUGUCCCACUUGGAUGUCCAGCAUGGCAUCUGUGAGUCUUGUGGCAAGGCCUUCAAGCAAUCUAGCAGUCUCGGCCAGCACCAGCCAAUCCCCCGGGCUUCCUGUAGGUGUUCCUCAGCACAUUCUGGCACUUUAGGGCAAACUGAGUCUCUUACUGAUAUGGACACAAAGCUGAUGUGUUUAGCGAACAGUGUGCUGGGAAUGUUUCCCCAGCUCUCCAACGUAGAGCUUGGCUCUGGCAUGUGGACAGGCAGCAUCCGUUUCUGGGCUGUUGUAUCCCACACUGAACGAUCUCCAGCCUCGAGAUGCACUGCAGGCCUCCGGGUGGCGGGGAAAUCGGGAGGAAGUAAUGAAAAAGAUGCCCUCACCUCCUAAGGGGAUUAAUGCUCUUCUCCCCUUGAGCCUCCCCCAAGAGGCAGGGACCUUGGGUUUUAACUCUGCACCGGGUGGGAUUUAUGACUGGGGAGUUCACUCUCUGGCUUCAGUCCUCCCUGUGUAACCCAGGAACGAAUUCUCUCCUCCCUGUCAGCACCAGAUGGCAGUGAUUUGCCAAACCUGCUAAGGCAUCUAGCUCCUUGCCUUGUUCUUUGUUUCUUCCUCCGCAUUUUAAAACUGGGAAAGUCGUGGGACGCAUCCCAAACCAGGUCAAGUCGGUCACCUGUUCUGUCCUCACUUGGGCCCCCGUGCUCCAGUGGUCACUUACUUACUGGCUGUGGUGGGGUGCUCUGCAUAUGUCCUACUGUGGCUGUAGGAAGCAGCUCAGGUUGAUGCAGAGGGAGAUGGGCCGACUCCCACCGGGCUUGUGCAUGAGCCUGCAGAGCUGUGUGAGCACGCUCUCCCUCAGCCAGCAUGGGUCUCACAUUUGGGAUUCUGGCCCCGAGUGUGCGGCCCCUGCAGAAAGACCUCCACGCCUUCCAGCAGCCCCAGCCCCCGCUGGCUGACCCGCCCUGGGGUGGGCUGCUGCUGCCGACCUCUCCCGGAGCUGGCCCAACAGAUCCCGCUGGAUUCCUCAGGGAGGGGCCUCCUGGCCGGCUGUGGAGAUGGAGGCCAAGGGUUCAGCUGUGCUCGAAUCCGGGGAUCAGUUGCCUCCAGGACUGCAGCCCACGGAGGGACUGGCGGCACGGUACCUGGCCCUUCGCCACUCACCACCUGUCUCUGGCCUCGGUUUCACCACCGGCACUCUGUCUUCCUGCCUUGUGAUGUAUUAAGUGUCAAGGCUGGGGUUUCCUCUGCUGUUGCAGGGCGGGAAUCGUCCGGCCCUCUGGCUUUGCUGUGUGGCCACAGAGAAAUGGCCAGCCCCUCUGAAUUCGGUUGCAGUUUGUCCCCUGCGACGCCGGAACCGUUGUUCGGGGGUGUUCGUUUCCCGUCGGGGCGGGUUUCCGGGGCGGCGUCCGGCCACAGUGGCGUCGGGGCCGGGCGCGGGGCGGCCCGUGGAGGUGACCGCACGGCGCUGGGCUCCCGGUGGCGCCCCGAGCUGACACCCCAGAUGCUGCUGCUGCCGCCUCGGCCACCCCACCCUCGGUCCUCCUCGCCAGAGGCCAUGGACCCACCGCCCCCCAAGGCUCCCCCUUUCCCCAAGACGGAAGGCCCUUCCUCCACUCCAUCCUCGGCGGCAGGCCCCCGGCCCCCGCGGCUGGGCCGCCACCUGCUCAUCGACGCCAACGGGGUGCCCUACACAUACACGGUGCAGCUGGAGGAGGAGCCCCGGGGCCCGCCCCAGCGCGAGGCAGCGCCGGGAGAACCCGGGCCGCGCAAGGGCUACAGCUGCCCGGAGUGCGCUCGCGUCUUUGCCAGCCCUCUGCGGCUGCAGAGCCACCGCGUGUCGCACUCGGACCUCAAGCCCUUCACGUGCGGCGCCUGCGGCAAGGCCUUCAAGCGCUCCAGCCACCUGUCGCGGCACCGCGCCACGCACCGCGCGCGCGCAGGCCCGCCGCACACCUGCCCGCUCUGCCCACGUCGCUUCCAGGACGCCGCGGAGCUGGCGCAACACGUGCGCCUGCACUGAGUUCCAGACCCUCGGGGCCUCGCGAGCCACACAGCGUCACUCCCACACGCGCUCCCUGCCUUACCCGGGGCCUCCGUUUCUCCAUCCGCCCAAAGGGAGAAACACCAGCCCUUCCUUACCUUCCUUCUAGCUGUGUGAUGUAGACCAAGCCGUUGCCCCUCCCUGGACCUGGGAGCCAGUCUCGGAGCUGGGUUCCGGCCCGGCUGUGCUGCGCGAGCCUUUGCAGGAGACAACGUCUCUGGGCCUUGGUCUUCGGCUCCGAAGUGGUGAACGGUUGUGUGCGCGGAAGAUUUGACAAAAGAGCACGGCGCGGUCUGGCUCAUUUCUGUUAUCUCCCCCUUUCCACCCACAGCCCUCACCCCUUACUCAAUAAACAUUCCGCACUCCA